AUGUGGCAUGUUGUUUUCGGAGUAUUGAUCGGACCGGUUUCGCUGGGACGCGUCGCGGCUGUCAUUCGACGCGUGCCACUCUCCCGGACGACCUCAUCUCCACGUCUACGUUUGCUUCUGAUUCUAUUUCACUUCCAUCAACUCAUUGUUAGGGGCACAGCAAUGAUGAUGGAUGAGGAGGAACUUCUCAACGUCCCCGACGAUCAACAACACAUCUCCGACGAAGUAUUUGACGUCGAUGAACUACUUGGUCCUAGCGAUGGCAGCAAAGAUGAAGUGACUGACCUACUCGACACAGGCGGAACAGUGUCUGAUUGCGCUGGCGAAGGAACCAAUGUUACUGAGAGUUUGAGCGCUGAGACUCAGGAUGAAAGUUUUGAACGUGAAGAACUGGAUUACGAGGAAGAUGAUGACGAAGAGCACAAAGAAGAGCGGACCGGUCGUUUCACAUCUGAAAGGAAUCAGACGAACUCGUCGCCACCGACGACCACCAAUUCCAUAAACAAGGUGGAAAGUCGACGCCAGGGUACAGAAAAUCGAACGCAGCAUCAAGGACAGAAACAGUGGCAAAACAAUGGCGGACGCAACGGGAACAGUCGUGGUGCUCGCGGUAAUGGACAACGUUUUGGUAGAGGUGGACCACCGCAGCACGGUAGAAAUGUGCGUGGUUCUAACGGACCACCGAGUCUAUUGAUGGUAGGUUCAAACCCACAACCACUUUUGGCAUUGAACACCCAGAGUGUCUUUGGACCACCACCAGGCGGAAAGAUCUUGAUCAAUCCGAACUUCAGAGGACCUUUGGGUCCACCUGGGACAGGACCACUUGGUCCCCCGAGUGUGUUACCUCCAGUUGGGUCACGCCCAUCUAUCUUGCCAUCAAUUGUUCCUGGCCAAGCAGGUCCGAUCAUCCCACGUCUUCCCAAUGGCAUUCCCCUUACUGGCCUCCCAUCUAAUCAUGGAGCAGCGGGAUUCGGCCCUCCAGUCCAACAGCCGCUGCCGGCUGCACGCCCUCCUAUGCCACCACCGAUAAUGCCUGGCAUGUCAGCCAUUAUUACCCGACCAGCACCAGUUGUCCAAUGGGACCAAGCUGUAGAGGAGUUCCUAAGCGGUUCGACAUCUCAACGACAGCGAAGUCCUCGAAGGCGACACCGACGAAGUUCAUCGUAUAGCAGUUAUAGUAGCUACAGCAGUCGAUCUCGAAGCGCUGGGAGCUCUCGUUCACGAUCACCUCGUCGUCGGCGCGAUAACAGAGGUGGUGGUCGCGGUAGUAGCCGACCACCUCGUGUGCAGAGGGAUCGCAAUGGACGAGGUGGAAGCUAUGCUAGAGGGCGAGGAGGUCAAAACCGACGAGAAAAUGCUCCGAGGAGAGACGUCAAAGACCACAAACAGAUAUCAGUAGAGUGUGCCAAAGCUGUUGGAAUCGAUAACGACUAUCUUUCAAAGCUGGAAGAUCAACGGAGAAAGCGUGACGAGGUGCUCAGACGUAAAGAACAGCGUCGAUUUGGUGGUAACCAACAAGAGUCGUCAUCCAAUAGUCGACCAAAUGAUCGAGGAAAUAAUCGUCAGAGUCAGCAGAGAGAUCGACGGCCAAAUGAAAGUGGCUCGUCAAAUAAUGAUCAUCGACGAAGUGGUGGCAGUGGCUCAACAUCUCAAUCUACAUCAAGGCCAUCUACAGAAGCGGAAGCAGCGCUGAAAAAGAACAAAGCCUAUUUGUGCGUCAAUGUGAAGAAUAUAAAACAGCUCACAACGGCAAAAAUGCGUGUCGAAACACUAGCAAAGGAUUUGGGAGAGAUUAGGAAGUGCUGGAAGUCGAACGAGGACCAGGUUACGGUGAUAUUUGUAGAGCAUGCAAAGGCGAAGGAGUUCAUGUUGAAAUACAACAACAAAGUUCUAUCCGGACUCCGCAUACAAGUCAGUUUGGAGAAGGCUUAUCUUAAUUUGUCUGAAAUUCAAUAG